AUGGGUUGGGAUCCUAUUAAGUGCACAAUAGAUGCACCAGAGGAAUGGUGGGCUGAAAAACUACAGGCAGUGCCGUCAGCUAAAAAAUUUAAAUUUGUUGGCAUUGAUCCAGUAAUGGAGGAAAAACUAGAUGGAAUGUUCACUAGGAUUGUCGCUACAGGAACUCAUGCGUUUACCCCAAAUGAUAUAGGGUUGAGCAGCUCAGUUCAAGAGAUGGAUACCAUGCAGAUAGGUGAUUCAGGAGACCACCCUAGCCAUGUUCACACAGAUGUUCAAUCCACAAGUGUGCCCAAGCGUCCCAGGGUAGAAAAGAAGAACAAAGGGGUUGCUUUCAUUAAAGGCACUAUAGAUGCACUUGUUGAAACAUGUAAAGCUUGGUCUUCUUCUUCGCAAGACAGCUCAAUUGAUGAGUGUCUUCAGGUCCUGAAUACAUAUUCUGAUGUUAAGGCAGAUGAUGAUGACUACAUUCAAUACGUGAAGGUGUUACGAGAUCCAACCAUCGGACAGUAUUUUAUGAAGUUGAAACCGAAAUACCAUGUGAAAUACUUGCGAUCUUUUAUGGACGUCUGA